AUGGAUAAUUGUUUCUCUGCCAAAGUUCCCAUGACCUUCGGAUACAAGAUCUCUGUUGAUCCGACCAAAGAAUUAGUUGAUCAUAAAACGUAUCGUGGAAUGAUUGGCUCAUUGAUGUAUCUAAACACAAGCAGACCAGACAUUGUCUUUGCCACAUAUUUAUGCACACGAUACCAAGCUGAUCCAAAGGUAUCUCACCAGACUGCUGUAAAGAAGAUCUUUAGAUAUCUCAAGGAAACAAAAGCACUUGGCCUCUGGUAUCCAACAGGAAAUGACUUCAGCCUACAAGCAUUCACUAAUGCGGAUCAUGCAGGAUGCAGAUUGCAUAGAAAAAUCACUUUUGGUGGUUGUCAAUUUCUCGAAUGA